AAAGCCUUGAUAGGAACCACUAUUUACAACCCUAGAACUCAGGUUGAAAGUCCAUAACAAAUAAGAAGAGCAGACUUUUUCAAAGCUGAAAGUUCGUCUAAACAGCUAUCACUUUGUGAGUUAGGAGGCCUAGUGAUCUCGAUUUAGCCAUUUUAGUUAUCUUGCAAGUUUAACAUGGCAAUGGCAUCCAUCUGUUAUUGCAUCGUCACAUGUGAUGGAAGGGGGAGAGGGAGACAAACAAAAGACAAAACCAACGGUCCUAGGUGAGGCAGUCUAUGAUUCUCAACUCAUCAUUCAGAUCAAUUAGUCUCAUAUGAUGUACGUUUGUGCAUAUGCAUUUGUGUUUCAGUCGUAACAAAUCAAACGGCUCACCAUCGACCCCCUCUUUGUCCCCUGACGAUAUAAAACAAGCACACCGCAACAAUCCUAGGAGUAGUAGAUUCAACUUCAUCUUCGUCUUUUAUGUUAACUUACACAUCUUGAUAUCCAACUCCAAAAUGGUUCAGAAAGCAGUUUAUUCAGUGAGGGUCAAGGGUGACUCCUCAGAUAACCUCACCCUUACCCCUGCUUCGACCAUGGAGGCAAUCGAGGAUCUUGGCCUACAGAUUCACCCUAUCUCAACGCAAGAUGGAGUUAUCAUUCGGGUACAGCCGCCAGCAAAGCCAAGAGAUCCUAGUCUCCACCAUGUUCCAUGCGAUAUCGUGCUAGUUAUUGAUGUUUCCGGAAGUAUGUCGUCGCCAGCUCCCGCGAAAAUGAGCGGAGAUGAUGGAAAGCCAAGCCAAGAAAACUUUGGUUUAUCCAUUCUGGACAUGGUGAAGCACGCGGCACGCACAAUUCUUAGCACUUUAAACCAGGGGGACAGACUCGGAAUCGUCACCUACAGUACCGAGGCUGUGGUCAUCCAGAAGCUGUUACCGAUGACAGGCGAUAACAAGAAGUUAACCGAAAGGAAUAUCGAAGCGAUGAGAGCCCAAGAACGGACAAAUCUUUGGCAUGGUAUCCAGAAGGGAAUUGACCUUUUCGAUGAAGUAGAUACGGGUCGCGUACCUGCUGUUAUGAUCCUAACAGAUGGACUACCUAACUAUAUGUGUCCCGCUCAAGGGUAUAUCCCGAAAAUACGCAGCAAAUACGAAACCCUCCCUGCAACCCUUCAUACGUUCGGGUUCGGCUAUGUGAUCCGGUCAGGUUUGCUGAAGUCCCUGGCAGAAAUCGGCAGUGGCAACUACGCGUUUAUCCCCGAUGCUGGCAUGAUUGGAACAGUAUUCGUUCACGCAGUCGCCCAUUUGCAGUCGACUUACGCUACGAAAUGUCGGCUGCAAGUGUCCGUUCCUAAAAGUAUGGGUUUGAAAAUAACAUCUGGCAAAUCGAUCGGCACAGAAGAGCAGGAGGAAGCAGAACGCAAAACCAUCACUUUCAAACUCGGAAAUCUGCAAUAUGACCAAUCCAGAGACAUAUAUCUUGAACACGUCAACACCGAGGGUCAAAAAGUCCAGUUUAGUACCGUGUCGGGAGAUGCCAGUGUCGACGCGACACUCACGUACUCGCAAGUAGGAGGUCCGGAAUUACGCACCACCGCCCACAACGAUAAACUGAACAUUUGCGUUCUCCCCGAGGCCGAGGUUGCCUACCACCAGAGCAGAUCGAUGAUAUGCGAGUUUCUUUCCUCCCUCUUUCCGCUUCAGAAAGACGAGGAAUACGAGACGCGGAAGAACGUCGACCCUAGGCGCCAUCAGCCAAGUCUAAAGCGCCUGCUAGAGAAUAUACCAGCUAGAUUCCAUAGUGACGAGUACAAUAAAUCUCUGAUGGAAGACCUGCAAGGAGAGCUGCCGUCGGGGCAGGUGAGCCUUGCGUUAUCCACGUCCGAGUAUUUCUGCAAAUGGGGAUGUCACUACUUUUUCAGCCUAUGGAAUGCGCAUGCGAAGCAACUAUGCAAUUCCUUCAAGGACCCGGGCCCCCUAAUGUACAACCGCAACGCCUUCUUCGCCAAGUGCCGAGACGCCCUCGACCGCGCCUUCGACACCAUCCCCCCGCCCAAGCCCUCCUGCCCCAACGUCGCCACCACGCGCCACAUCCAAAUGAGUCAACUGAACCGCGCCGCGGGCCCCUGCUUCACCGGCGCCAGCAAGGUCGCGCUGGACUCCGGCAAGCAGGUCCCCGUCCGCCAGCUCCAGAGGGGCUCGCGCGUGCGCACGCCCGCGGGGAGCAGACAAGUCGCUGCCGUGCUGAAGACGAUGGUGCAACGGAUUGCGAUGUGCAGAAUCGCGGAUGGCCUUGUCGUUACGCCGUGGCAUCCCGUCUGCUAUGAAGACAGAGACAGCAACAUGGCGCCUGGUUGGGCUUUCCCAGCGGAUAUCCUGGCGCAGUCGGAGAAGCCGCAGGUCGUGAUCUACUCGGGCGCUAUAUACUCCGUGCUUCUGCAGCCGGAUGACGAGGUCGAGGCGCACGCGCUCAAGAUUGGGGGGUUGUGGGCUGUGACGUUGGGCCAUGGCUUGGUGGAAGGAGAUGAUGUCCGCGCCCAUCGAUUCCUAGGAGACUAUGGCAAGGUUGCGGAGGCGAUUGCGGAGUUACGGCCGGGGAGGGAUGGUGUUGCGCUUUCUAGUGGUGUGAAGAGACGAGGCGCGGAUGGGUUGGUUUCGGGUUUUAGGAAAUAUGUACCACGACAACGGACGGGAAUUGGACACUGAGUUGGAAGACAUUUAGUGUUAGGGUUUGGUCAAGAUGUUGGAUAUUCGCGUCUUGUAAGGGG